AAAUGGUAGCUAGGAACGGCGUCGUUCGCCUUUGCUCUUGUCCUAAAACCCUGACGCUGAAUCAGAAGAGGAGCCGAAAAUCCCUAGGAACCCUAAACCCCAAAACCAGCGAGAGCAUCCAAAUCGCUGUAAUUCCCUUGCAAAAAUGUUGAGGAGAAACACGAGGUUAGAGAAGGAGUACUUGUUCCGGAAGAGUAAAGAGACCGUAGAACGCACCCAGUACGAGAAGAAGCGCAAGAUUCGAGAAGCCCUACAAGAGGGAAAACCGAUUCCGACUGAGCUUCGAAAUGAGGAGGCCAAGCUUCGUCAAGAAAUCGAUCUCGAAGAUGAGAACACUGCUGUCCCAAGGACACAUAUUGAUGAUGAGUAUGCCAAAGCAUCAGAAAGAGAUCCCAAAAUUUUGCUAACUACUUCCCGAGAUCCGAGUGCUCCACUAAUACAGUUCACAAAGGAACUGAAACUUGUAUUUCCUAAUGCACAAGUAGUGAAUCGUGGUGGUCAGGUUAUUUCUGAAAUUGUUGAAAGUUGUCGUGCACAUGACUACUCAGAUCUUGUGUUGGUACAUGAACAUCGUGGUAAACCUGAUGGUUUGAUUGUAUGCCACCUUCCUUUUGGACCAACGGCUUAUUUUCAACUAUGCAAUGUGGUGUCAAGACAUGACAUCAAGGACAAGAAAGCCAUGGGAACGGUGCCGCAGGCUUAUCCACAUUUGAUAAUUAAUAAUUUCACAACUAAGUUGGGAGAGCGGACAUCAAAUAUUCUAAAGCAUCUUUUUCCGGUGCCAAAGCCAGAUACAAAACGCAUAAUCACUUUCACAAAUGACCAGGACUACAUUUCAUUCAGGCAUCAUAUUUAUGACAAGCCUGGAGGUCCUAAAUCCAUUGAGCUGAAAGAGAUUGGUCCCCGGUUUGAAUUGAAACUUUUCAAGAUUAAGUUGGGGACAGUAGAUCAGAAUGAAGCGCAGAAUGAAUGGGUUCUCAAACCUUACAUGAACACUGCCAAGAAACAGAAGUUUUUAGGGAACUGAUACUUCAAAGUUUUUUACAAUUUUGGAAACUAGCCUUUGUUAAUCUCCUUUUUGAUUUGUUGAUACAAUCAUGUGCUCAUUACAAUCUAUCGGUAUAAUUUAUGCUCUGAAACUA